CCUAGAGAGUCGGGAGCCGGCGGCGGCGCUGCGGCCGCGAGGGAGGGCAGCGGGAGCAGUGGGGCUGGGCGAGGAUUCCCGGGCCAGCCCAGCGGGCUCUGCCGUGGCGACAUUCCGGCCGACACUUGGGACCCUGCGGGCGGCGUCGCAGGUUGAGGAAGUGAAGAGAAUAGGCAUAAAUGGUGGGAAAUUUCCAUCAACUUGGAAAACACAAUAGAAUAAAUAAUUCUUGGCCACGAGGUGAGAGCCCAGAGAGUCACAAGGUCAAAGGAUCCUGUCCCAUUUGUCUGUGGUGACAGCCCCCCUCCCCCCAAAAAGGAACGCCUCACCCUUGAACAAUGCAAGUGUCCCUGGGAAGCUGAAAAGGUACAUGCAAAUGAUGAAAUAAAUCACAUCAUUUCAGAAAUUUCUGCUUGGCAUAUUAGCCAGACAAGAAGGGCUAAUCUAUCUAUGUUCUGAGUGCCGCUGUCUACAAGACCCUCAUAACAGAACUGAGGCCCAAGUCCAGCGUGCCACCAUACCCCACCCCAGACAUUACUCUGGGGUCUGCCCGAGGCCAUCAGUGUGAAGAUGACCAGUGCCUUCCUAGCAUGACUACCUUGGACCAUGUGAUUGCUACCCACCAGUCAGAGUGGGUCUCCUUCAAUGAGGAGCCACUCUUUCCUGUCCCUUCUGAGGGGGGCACCGAAGAGCACCUCCCAGGACUGUCUUCUUACUCAGACCGGUCUGAGAGCUCCUCCGGGGAGAACCAUGUGGCACAUGGAGGCUCUCAGGAACUUUCCCACUCAGAGCAGGAUGACUCCUCUGAAAAGUUGGGCCUCAUCUCUGAAGCGGCGUCCCCUCCUGGGAGCCCCGAGCAGCCCCCACCUGACCUGGCCUCGGCCUUCAGCAACUGGGUUCAGUUUGAAGAUGACACACCCUGGGCCAGCACGUCACCACCUCAUAAGGAAACAAGGGAGACAGCCAUACCAUUGACGAUGCCCUGCUGGACGUGCCCUUCCUUCGACUCCUUGAGGAGAUGCCCUCUGACCUCCGAGAGCAGCUGGACCACACAUUCUGAAGACACCAGUAGUCCUAGUUUUGAUCCCUCAUACACCGACCUGCAGCUUAUCAAUGCGGAGGAACAGAUGAGUAGCAGGGCUUCUCAGGCUGACUCGACUGGUCCAGCCCAAGUGCCUACUCCUCUAAGAAGCCACCUUGGAUUCCUUGUCAUGCGCCCCAGAGAUGCACCAACACCCCAAGACGAGAGGACGGAGUGGCAGACAGGCAGGCAGACGGCGGUGAGUCCUGUUCAAGCAUGCACGGAGCAUACCUCUACCUGCACCCAAGUCCUGGACCCCUCACCACCCUUACCCCACCCCAGGAGGAGCCAGAGCCCCUGCGGGGGUCCGGAGGGGGCCUCUGCUCCCAAUGACAGUUCUUCCUCACUCCAGGAAGAUGAAGAGGUAGAGAUGGAGGCCGUCAGCUGGCCGGCCAGUAGUCCAGCCACGAAUGGACACCCUGCAACUCCAGUGACUUCUGCUCGUUUCCCCAGCUGGGUCACUUUUGAUGACAAUGAAGUCAGCUGCCCUUUGCCACCAGUCACCUCUCCCCUGAAGCCAAACCCACCGCCUACUGCAUCUGUGAUCCCAGAUGUACCUUAUCACUCAGCUGGGUCAUUUAAGAAGAGGGAACGUCCCAAGAGCACAUUGAUGAACUUUUCCAAAGUUCAGAAGCUGGACAUUUCCUCCUUAAACCAUCCGCCUUCCAUAACCGAGGCUCCACCUUGGAGGGCAACCAAUCCUUUCUUGAAUGAGACUCUGCAGGAUGUACAGCCUUCCCCCAUCAACCCUUUCAUUGCUUUUUUUGAGGAGCAGGAGAGACGCUCUCAAAACAAUUCCAUUUCCAGUGCCACAGGCAAAAGCCAAAGAGAUUCUCUCAUUGUCAUCUACCAAGAUGCCAUCAGUUUUGAUGACUCAAGCAAAAACCAGUCACACUCUGAUGCCGUUGAAAAACUCAAACAACUCCAGAUUGAUGAUCCUGAUCACUUAAGCAGUGUGACACUACCAGAUGAUGACCCGAAAGCCUGGAUUGAACUAGAUGACCACCCACCUGGUUCAGGGCUGUCCCAGCCCAGGGAUGGGUGGCCAAUGAUGCUAAGGAUCCCUGAGAAGAAAAACAUCAUGUCAUCUAGGCACUGGGGACCCAUCUACAUCAAACUGACAGACAGUGGUUACUUGCAGCUGUAUUAUGAGCAGGGCCUAGAAAAACCAUUCCGUGAGUUCAAGCUGGAGAUCUGCCAUGAAAUUUCGGAACCCCGGCUCCAAAACUAUGACGAGAAUGGCAGGAUCCACAGCUUGCGAAUAGACCGUGUCACCUACAAGGAGAAGAAGAAAUACCAGCCCAAACCUGCUGUGGCCCACACAGCAGAGAGGGAACAAGUGAUCAAGCUGGGCACCACCAAUUACGAUGACUUCCUCAGUUUCAUCCGAGCCGUUCAGGACCGGCUCAUGAAUCUGCCAGUGUUGUCAAUGGACUUAAGCACAGUGGGCUUGAACUACCUUGAAGAGGAGAUUACUGUGGAUGUCAGGGAUGAGUUCUCUGGCAUUGUGAGCAAGGGAGACAACCAGAUUCUCCAGCACCAUGUCCUGACACGGAUCCACAUUCUGAGUUUCCUCUCUGGGCUUGCAGAGUGCCGCUUGGGCCUCAACGAUGUCCUUGUCAAAGGGAACGAAAUAGUUUCCCGGCAGGACAUCAUGCCGACCACCACCACAAAGUGGAUCAAGCUCCAUCAGUGCCAUUUUCAUGGGUGCGUGGAUGAGGAUGUAUUCAACAACUCCCGGGUUAUUCUGUUCAACCCUUUGGACGCCUGCCGGUUUGAGCUAAUGCGGUUCAGGACAAUAUUUGCAGAAAAGACCUUGCCUUUCACACUGAGGACAGCAGCAAGCAUCAAUGGGGCAGAGGUGGAGGUGCAGAGCUGGCUGAGGAUGUCAACCGGCUUCUCCUCUAACCGGGACCCUCUCACCCAGGUUCCCUGUGAGAAUGUGAUGGUUCGUUACCCCGUGCCCAGUGAGUGGGUGAAAAACUUCCGCAGGGAAAGUGUCCUGGGGGAAAAGUCUCUAAAAGCUAAAGUGAACCGGGGGGCAAGUUUUGGUUCAACUAGUGUAUCUGGCUCUGAGCCUGUCAUGAGAGUAACUCUGGGAACUGCCAAGUACGAGCAUGCCUUCAACUCCAUUGUGUGGAGGAUAAACCGACUGCCUGACAAAAACUCGGCUUCUGGUCACCCACACUGUUUCUUCUGCCACCUUGAACUUGGCUCUGACCGGGAAGUGCCUUCCAGAUUUGCCAGUCACGUGAAUGUUGAGUUCAGCAUGCCCACAACUUCUGCCUCUAAAGCUGCCAUAAGAUCCAUCUCUGUGGAAGACAAGACUGAUGUCAGGAAGUGGGUCAAUUAUUCUGCACACUACAGCUACAAGGUGGAAAUUGAGCAAAAAAAGAGUUUGAAGCCAGACUUUGAAGGAGAUGAAAUGGAAAAUCCCAAGGAGUGUGGGGUCCAGUGACAAAGCCCUACUGCAGGGGGCAUGACCCAAGUUCUCAUGAAUAGCUGAAGUUCAAGUCAGUACCUACCAUGACUACUCCAUGUUGGGAACAGUAUUUUGGACCUUCCUUUUGUAGUUACCUGUAUUUUAACAGGAAACCUUGAGGUGGUUGCUUUGGAGAGACUGUGAUAUGCCUGAUGAUGCACCUAGUUCACCUGACUUUUGGGGCUUAUUGUCUAAUUAAGCCUCCUUUUCUUCACUCUGCUUAUCUCAAAGCUGUUGGGUGUGGUUUGUUGUCACUGUUGGAGUCAGGAAGAGAACCUUCCACAUGAGUGUUGGCCCCAUUUCCUUCUGAUGUUCAUCUGUCCCUUACAUGAUUUUCUAGAAAACACAGUCUUGAGAAAGUUCAUUCAGAAUCCACCUCUGUCACUCCCUCUAGAAAAAGGUUCAGAAGAGGUGAGGUACAAAACAAAUUUCCUCUUUGGGUCUACUAAGCUCUUUGUACAUGUCUCCGUUCUUUAAAUGUUAACACUAUGCAACAGAAGUUUUCAAGACGUUUCCCUCCCAGUUCUGUAUGGUUUUGAUUAAAACACUUUUUCCAUCUCUCUGUUCCCAGGGUUCACCACCCUGAGUCACAAUAAACAAUGGAAAAAAGGCACAAUAGGAUACUUUUUUAUUCUGUGAUUAGCCCCACAUUCUGCAAAGGGUGGCUAUUGAAGGGAAAGCAAAACUGAGCUGAUUUUUCUUCAUUCUGGGGAAAAAGGCCAUUAAUUGUAACAUAAUAUUCAAUUCAGGAGACAACUUCAAUCUCAGAGAAUUCCCAAAUUCACAAGGAAAAAUACAGGCCAUUUCUGUUUCUGAAACAAAUGGAUGGAGAUAUAUAUAUAUAUAUAUAUAUAUAUAUAUAUAUAUAUAUAUACACACACACACAUAUAUAUACACACACCUAUAUAUAUAUACAUAUAUAUGUGUAUAUAUAUAUAUAUAUAUAUAUAUAUAUAUAUAUAUAUAUAUGUAUGUAUGUAUACCUCAGGCAUUUGUCAGGGCAUUUGGGAGCUCUUUUUAUACCUCAAGCCUAUAGACAGUUGCAUGUCUCUUUAAUUCAGACUUUACAGGAAAUAUAAGUGGAAAAGAUAAUUUUAAAAGCUGUUUUAAAACUAAGCUUUUAGUUUUAAAAAUUUAAAAGCUGUUUUAAAACUAAGCUUUUAGUAUAUGAGCUCUCCCCCCAAAUUCAGAGUUUGAUAAUUACAAUAUUGUAACAGAUCUAAAAGGCGGAAGACUCUAGGGUAGAAAUGGAGGAAAGGCCUAUUUUUCUAAUGUUGGGAGCAUUAAAUCUGAUUCCAAGAGUCUGGGACACUCGAUCUUCUUUCCCUUCAUAUGUUCCUGCUUAUAUUCUGUACUUCUACUUCUUAUUUCUAUCUUGGUGUCUCCUUACCAUACAAGGAACUAUAUUGGCCAUCCCAAAGGGAAUACCUGCUCAGCAGCUUAAAGGCCGGUUCUAUCUGCCUUCUUCUCCUGUGAAGAAUAAAGUAAGGGGACAGAAAGCAUACCUGUAAGAUUUGUCAGAUGACACAGAGAAAUAAAUGAUAUAUCCAGUCUCAACUGGCAGAUUUGGGAUUAAUUUAUCCAGUGAAUUUUCACUGAAUUGUAACUACGUACUGACACUAGAACAUAGACAUCAUUACCAUUUUUUUUGAAAUACCUGAACAUAAGACUGAAACUAAAAGGAUAAAAUUCAGUAGGCAUUAACGAGACACUAUAUUCUGAGUUGCUUAAAUACAACCUUCUAAAUACAGAGUGGUGUUCCCUACGUGUGUGUUGACAGGAAGGUUGUUGAAAAAUCAUGGUUUCACAAUGGUUCCUGUAGAAAUGUUUUCUUAGGGAAACAGGACUUCAGUUUUGAAUUAGGAGUGUAUGGUGACUAUCACAAAGUUAAUGCAUUCAACCUGUGGUAACAGAAGCCCAGGGAGCCCUGCAUGCUGCACUGGUCAGUCCACAUUUGGAUGGAGGGUUGGAUUCAAUUGUGGAUACUAUGUUUUGAGAGAGACAUUAAUCAGUUGUGUCCAGAGGCAGGUGACCAGGGUUGUGAAAGGUCUAAUUAUAUAAGGGACAGGGGAAUAGAAUAGGAGAGAAUAAAAUAAUAUAGCUGCCCUGAAAUUUCCAUUGAGUUUUAAAAAGGGAGAAGAAUAAGACUUACCUGUGUAACUUCAAAGGGCAAAAAUAGGAACAAAGAGGAACUUUAUAGAUAACAGAUAUUUGCUUCAACAUAAGAAAGAAUUUUCUAAUAAGAGGUUCUAAAUGUGGUGGUUCUAAAGGGGAAAAGACUUGUGUGGUAAUAUUUCCUAUUGCUGCAAAUGCCCAAACAAAGGUUAAAAUAACCAUCCAUCCCAGAUGCUGUGAAAGGGGCACUGGAUUUGGGCUAGAUGGCUCCCAAGAUCCCUUUUGCAUAUAGGCUAAUCUCAGUAGUAACUCUCUAACUCUAGUUGUUUUCUCCUUGAUAAGUGGUUUUGUAAACUUUGUGAAAUACAUUGAGAUUUCCUGAAGGUCUCUGUCAAGUGAGGCAGAGUCCUUCCCCUGUUGUACGAAAGGCACAUGAGAUUUCUCACAGAAACAUCAAGAUGCACUAAAGAACUGGCAAGGUGAAGGUCAUUCUGACACCUUCCUUACCCAACGUUAGCACCUGCGCACCCUGUCAAGAUCUCUGCCUCACCUGCCAGCAUCACAUGUGUGCUGCCUGUUGGACGAUUUCUCCCCAUCUUAGUUAAUUCUCAUUGCCUUUGUGCUUUUACGUGGACUUUUUUUUUUCUUUCAACCAAGGGUUAGGAAAAUCCUUUCCAUGCUAUCUGCAUUCAGCAAGCAAAUUAUUAUUAAUAAUAAUUAAAAAAAAAAAACCUACCACCUUGAUUUCAUCAAAUUUGCUUUCCCACUACUGUUUUCGGGAAACUGAUUAUGGGUAGCAUUUGGGACUUUGGGGGAUAUAAUACUAUCUAUUUUUAGGCCUAGUGUUAUGUGAAUAGCCUACAUAGAAAACACAGGCAAAUUACCUUUUUGGUGUGCAGAUUCUUUUACUACCCUGGACCUGGAUUGUGUGUAUGUGUGUGGUCACAAGUAGUCCUUGUCUAUGUUAUCAAUAAUGUGAAGAUAUUAAAAGUAAAUUCACUUUACCAAUACAUAGUAUUACUAUUAGAACAUAAAUUAGAUGUCACAUGAUAUUAAGAGCUAUGCUUUCUUUUGAGUCUGAUGGCUUGCUUUGUGACUUUAUAGUAAAAGAGGAUGAGAAAUGUACUUGUCGUGAUAUGUCAAACAAGAGAAGCUAAGGUAUUUUGUGGUGGGCCAUUAAACCCCCUUUGCCACUCUUGUAAACAUAAUACUAGUUAUUUUUUCUCAAAAUUUUACAUUUCACUUAAAUAUCAUCUGGACAUUUUUUUUUUUUUUCAUUUGGUUCUUUCCCCGCUCUCAGCAUUCCUGCAUUAUUGGCAGGAUUCAUAACCCUUGAGAACAUUUUUUUUUAAUGCAAUAUAUUUCUUAUUUGAAAUGGGAGCAAUUUCUAUUCAAAUCCAGUGAGUGAGAGCAAGAGUUUAUUUCCUUAGAAAUUAAAGUCCCCAAGAAAUAUGAUCCAUGAUGGCAAGGAAUAUAUCUUAUUCUUUAUGUUCAGUACCUAGGAGAAAGCUUGGGAAAGGUUUCAGCCACCUUAAAUCCUUGCUGAUAGGACAAACAUAUAUCAGUGAAAUAAAAGGAAAUUAUUAGGGGGUGCCUGGCUGGCUCAGUUGGUAGAGCAUGCACCUUCUUUUUUUUAGAUUUUAUUGAUUUUGAGAGAGACAGUGUGCAAGCAGGGGAGGAGUAGAGACAGAGGUAGAGAAAGAAUACCAAGCAGGUUCUGCUCUGCCAGCACAGUGCCCAACAGAGGGCUCGAUCUCACGAACCGUGAGAUCAUGACCAGAGCUGAAAUCGAGAGUUGAACGCUUAACCAACUGAGCCACUCAGGCGCCUGGAGCCUGCAACUCUUGAUCUCAGGGACAUGAGUUCAAGACCCAUGUUAGGUGUAGAGAUUACUUUUAAAAGAAAGAAAAAAGAAAUUAUUAGGUAUUUAAUAAAUGUUUGUUAAACACACACUCACCUGAAACUCUAAGAAACUUAGCCCUUACUUAUCAACAAAUACUUCUAUUAAAAUAAGCAAGCAAGCUUUAUUUCCUGAAAGACUUAAUUUUUUUUUUUAUUCCUGCUUCCACUGUCAACUAAUGACUGUCAGCACAUAGCCUUCACGUGCAGCUGAAUUUAAACUACAGUUUUUCUCACUCAUAUUGAAAAACAUUUUUGUGCCCAAAAUACAGUAGCACAGAUGCUAUCCAUGAGUCAAGAUUAUUGAUUCAGUUUUGUUCCUUCAAGUCAGACAUGUCUUGCCCAUUUGAAUAGUCAGCAGGAGGAGAAAGCUUGGCCAAUCUUGGUGUGCUAUGUCUUUGGUUUCCCCACCAUUAACUACUGACUGGUGUUACUGUGUUUUGUCACCAUAGGCAGUUGGAGGACUGAGAUGGUAAGGAUGAAACUCGUGAAAUUAAAUCAUGAUUUCAGAGCUGCUUUCAAUCUCUUUAUGAGGUUAGUUGUGGGAAAGCACAGGAUGAUCUGAAAUUGUUUAAAAGCCUUGGGAAUAUUAAAUUAAUUUCAGUAGGAAGCAUUGCCACCUAGCCUACUUUAGAAUUCUCCCACUUGGGACUGGUAACUUUAAUGGUUCUCCAGAUGAUGAUCGUAAGUGAAUUCUAGCAUAUCUAGAGUUUUAGGUCAUGUUAAGAAUGCCAUUUAACAGAAAAUUCAAACAAAACUGACCAAAAAUGUCCACACACACACACAAAAAAUCACCUAGUAAACAAAUCAUCUUUAACAACUUAUACCAAGUCCCAUUCAAACCGUGACUGCUCUUCAUAUAAAAAUAGUCAUCUCAUUCUCCCCAAGUUUUCAAGAUGUUUUCUAAACAUUGCCGAUGUCUGCCAAUUUCCUACAAGUCACCAUUUCUCCAUCAUUUCUUAAUUGUGCUUUUUGUAAAGGAAACUUGCACUGGGUAUUGUGACUUAUAUUUAUGUAUUUAAGGAAUUAAAAAGUAAACAAGAUGUAGAAAAUAAAUGUAUCAGUAAUAUUUUCCCACAUAUUAUCUCAAAGAAGAAAUACGGAGUUUUACAUUUCUUCUAGUGUGCCUUAGCAAAUCUGACUGAGAGUCUCAUCUUUUUUUGUUUGUUUUAAGAAUUGGGGGAAAAAUAUAUCUCUGAACUUGCAAUUCCAAGCCUGUACAGAUAGAAACUAUCCAUAGGAAGGUGUUUGGUAGUGUCUACAGAGAGGCAAAUAAUAGUGGGUAAUGAAAAGCCACAAAAGAGCAGACUUAAAAAUGAGAAUUUCAACAUGAAAAGGUAAAGUGGACAGAGGUGACAAACAGCACUAGCCACCAAACUUGAACUAGAGGCUAUCCCUUAAAAGCAAGGGACAAAUAAAAGGUUAUGCAGCAAGGAUAAACAGAAUGAUUUCAGUUCAACAAAUGUUUAUCAAGUGUCUACUCUGGUCAAAGUGCUGUGCUAUCAGCCAGCUUCCCUAAAGGGAGGUAACGUCAAAGCCAAGGACACUGAGAAUUGUUGAUGUGAAGUCAUCAGAGGGAGUGUACUUUAUCAAGGGGAAAUUGGGGUUUCUAUGACUCUUUGAAGGACAUAGUCAUGGAGACAAUCACCAUGUGAAGUAACCUGCUCUUUUCCCAAUCAGGACUCAGUAACCUCACCUAAAAAAGUGAGGAAGCUGGACUAAUUGUCCCCUUAGGUCCCUGCCCACUUCAGUUUCAUGGAUUAUUUUAUAAAAUAUCCUUUGGUGCCACUGUCAGUGAUACUUCAUGUCAUGGGUGCUCUUCAUAUAGUCUCAAGAACCAAGAAAUUUAAAAUUUGAAGAUUGGGAAAAUCAGCUGGCCUAUCUUUUUUCUUUUCCUGUCUUCAUCCCUUACCAUCUGCCCAGACAACAAACACAGUCCUCUGUUAUGUAAUUGUGUAGUUGGAGGAUCAAAAGGAUGGUGAACAUCAGUUAGAACACUGCCCUGUAAGUUCCACUGACAUCAUCCAGCACAACAGUGGUGUGAAUGUGGAGAGGAACAGACCAAACAGGUCUCCGAAAUGGAUGUUAGGACUUGAGUAUCACUUGAAGCAGAAGUAGAUCUAACCCUCCAAGGUACUGAGGGGCCACGUUACAAUGAUCUGUGAUUUAUAGAUAUGUCCUUUUACACAACAGACUGCAGAAAUUGAGGGAGGGGGGGAAAAGUGCUCCGUAAAUAUGCUGGGACUAUUUGUAAAACAGUUAAGGCAAAACGAGAUGAGAGAAAGGGUCAGGCCUCUUUAUAUUCUCACUGUCUCUUAAUAACAUGAAAAUGUAGUUUAAAUUUUUUUAAACAUGCACAAGAUACAAAAUACCAUCUUUUUAAUGUAUUAGUAUGACUUUAGUUUCUUAUACUUAGAAUUGGGUCAAAUGUAAUGGCUCGAUUCUAACUGGACAGAGCAAGAUAUUCUGGCAUCCCCUUCCUAUUUAGCUCCAUGCUGUGCCUCGGAUCAAACCCUCAGUGCCAGUCAUGGACACUAUCUAGCCACCAUCAUCGUGCCUCCGUGUGCUUCAGGAUCAGCAACUCCAUGUAGUGUCCAAUGUGAGCAGUUCUGGGAAAGCAGAUGUGCAGUCAGAACCUGACAGCAACCUAUUGGACCGAAGGGUUUAAGGGUUUAGAAGUAUGGGGGUGAAAGAAAGGAAGAUUAUGAACUCCUCUGACCCUAAGCCAGCAUUCAUUUAAACCUUUGUGUCCACCUGCCAACAGAGCCUGGAGAAAACUCUACCAUAUUCAAGAUAUUAAACAGAAUCAGUGUUUUAGCUAGGGAGUGUGAUAAAAGAGCACUCCUUCUCACCCUCCAUUUUUGUAAUGUCUGUAAGUGAAUUUCAGUCUGUUAGGAUGAUGGACCCUAGAUCCAAUGAGUGAUUCAGCUGAUCCAAGGCUUGUAUUUUUCCUUCAUUCAUCAUCCAUCUUCAUUUGAUAUAACUUCUUGUACUAUUGUGAUUAAUUUUAUGUAAAACCAGUUUACUUUAAAAAAAAAAAAAAGAAUAUGUGCCUAUGUAAUAAAGUCUACACACUGGCUAACUUUA